CCUGGGAAGAGGGGUGGCGCUAGCCCACAGACCGUCAACCAUAAACAUACAGCGCGCGCACACACACACACACACACACACACACACACACACACACACGGAGGCUGGCAGCGUCUUCCCCGCUGAGAUGGGCGUGGGGCCGAGCGCUUGGCCCACGGUCCCCAGAAGGUUCCCCCAAAGCCCGCCACAGCAGCCGGGCUCAGCGCUCGGAGCCCGCGGAGGACCCGCGUCCGCGGGAACUGGUGUCACUCGGGCCCGCUCUAAGUGAGCCGCGCUGGCGUCAUUCAUUCGCAGUGUCCGGAGCGUCCUUCCAGCUGCAAGCGGGGCUUCGCCGCAGGUGCGAGUGGCCCCGACGCGGAGCGUUACCGCGCGGUGACCUCGAGGUCGCAGAGCGGCUAGAGACUGAGGAGAUCUGGAGCUCGGCUAGGUGCUGCUGUAGCAGCCGCGCCCCAGCCCAGCUCGGCGCUCGCCGCGGGGCCGUGUCGGCUGCAGGCUCCCGCAGCCCUGCUCGCCGCCGCCGAUCCGGAUCCCGGGACUGAGCGCCACCACUUCCUCCUCCUCCCGCUCCUCUUCCUCCUCCUCCUCCUCCUCCUCCCGCUCCUCGCGCCGCCGUGGGCCGGAGCCGGGCUGCGGGGCGGCGGGCCUGGGCGUCUGCGGCCGCGGGCUCGCGGUGGGCGGCGCCGCCGCGGGGAGGAUGCUGCUCGCCGCACCCGCGUCCUCGCCGUCCUCCCCGGCCGCCCGCGGGGGCUUUGUUGUGGCCCGGCCUCCGCGGACCGCCGCCUGGUGAAGUCGCUCUUCGCCGCCGCACCUAGCGGGCGGGAGGGCGCGCGUGUGCCCGGGAGUGCGCGCCUGUGCGCGCCGGUGUGUGCAGGACCUGACCCCGGGCCCAUUGUGCGUCCGCCCGCGGCGCCCGGGAACAUGUGGGUGAACCCCGAAGAGGUGCUGCUGGCCAACGCGCUGUGGAUUACGGAGAGGGCCAACCCCUACUUCAUCCUGCAGCGGAGGAAGGGGCACGCGGGCGAUGGAGGCGGCGGCGGCGGACUAGCGGGCCUUCUCGUGGGUACCCUUGAUGUCGUGCUGGACUCCAGUGCCCGGGUGGCUCCUUACCGAAUCCUGUACCAGACUCCUGACUCUUUGGUCUAUUGGACCAUCGCCUGUGGUGGUUCCAGAAAAGAAAUCACCGAACACUGGGAAUGGCUUGAGCAGAAUCUGCUGCAGACACUGUCCAUCUUUGAAAACGAGAAUGAUAUCACCACAUUUGUGAGAGGAAAGAUACAGGGCAUCAUUGCAGAGUAUAACAAGAUCAACGAUGUGAAGGAAGAUGAUGACACGGAGAAGUUUAAAGAAGCCAUCGUGAAAUUCCACAGGCUGUUUGGGAUGCCCGAGGAAGAGAAGCUCGUCAACUAUUAUUCUUGUAGCUACUGGAAGGGGAAGGUCCCCCGUCAGGGUUGGAUGUACCUCAGUAUUAACCACCUUUGCUUUUACUCUUUCCUUAUGGGAAGGGAAGCCAAGCUGGUAAUCCGGUGGGUGGACAUCACACAGCUUGAGAAGAAUGCCACGCUGCUUCUCCCUGAUGUGAUCAAAGUGAGCACGAGGUCCAGCGAACAUUUCUUCUCUGUAUUUCUCAACAUCAAUGAGACUUUCAAGUUAAUGGAGCAGCUCGCCAACAUAGCCAUGAGGCAACUUUUAGACAACGAGGGAUUUGAACAAGAUAGAUCCCUGCCCAAACUGAAAAAGAAGUCUCCUAAGAAAGUGUCGGCUCUAAAACGCGAUCUUGAUGCCAGGGCAAAGAGUGAGAGAUACCGUGCACUUUUCCGACUGCCGAAAGAUGAAAAAUUAGACGGCCACACAGACUGCACCCUCUGGACUCCAUUCAACAAAAUGCACAUUUUGGGGCAGAUGUUUGUGUCCACAAAUUACAUCUGCUUUACCAGCAAGGAGGAGAACCUGUGUAGCCUCAUCAUCCCACUCCGUGAGGUGACAAUUGUGGAAAAGGCAGACAGCUCCAGCAUACUCCCCAGCCCUUUAUCCAUCAGCACCAGGAACAGGAUGACCUUCCUAUUUGCCAAUUUGAAAGAUAGAGACUUUCUAGUGCAGAGGAUCUCUGAUUUCCUGCAACAGACGACCUCCAAAAUCUACUCGGACAAAGAGUUUGCAGGCAGCUACAACAGUUCAGAUGACGAGGUGUAUUCUCGGCCCAGCAGCCUUGUCUCCUCCAGCCCUCAGAGAAGCACGAGCUCCGAGGCCGAUGGAGAGCGCCAGUUCAACCUGAACGGCAACAGCGUUCCCACAGCCACGCAGACCCUGAUGACCAUGUACCGGCGGCGGUCCCCUGAGGAAUUCAACCCGAAGUUGGCCAAAGAGUUUUUGAAGGAGCAAGCUUGGAAGAUUCACUUUGCCGAGUAUGGGCAAGGGAUCUGCAUGUACCGCACAGAAAAGACCCGGGAGCUGGUGUUGAAGGGCAUCCCGGAGAGCAUGCGGGGGGACCUCUGGCUGCUACUGUCAGGUGCAAUCAAUGAGAAGGCCACGCACCCUGGGUACUAUGAAGAUCUAGUGGAGAAGUCCAUGGGCAAGUAUAAUCUCGCCACAGAGGAGAUCGAGAGGGAUUUACACCGCUCCCUUCCAGAACAUCCAGCUUUCCAGAAUGAGAUGGGCAUUGCUGCUCUACGGAGAGUCUUAACAGCUUAUGCUUUUCGAAAUCCUAAUAUAGGAUAUUGCCAGGCCAUGAAUAUUGUCACAUCAGUGCUGCUGCUUUAUGCCAAAGAGGAGGAAGCUUUCUGGCUGCUAGUGGCUUUGUGUGAACGCAUGCUUCCCGAUUACUACAACACCAGAGUUGUUGGCGCGCUGGUCGACCAGGGUGUCUUCGAGGAACUGGCGCGAGACUAUGUCCCGCAGCUCUACGACUGCAUGCAGGACCUGGGCGUGAUUUCUACCAUCUCCCUGUCUUGGUUCCUCACGCUCUUUCUCAGCGUGAUGCCCUUUGAGAGUGCGGUUGUGGUUGUGGACUGUUUCUUCUAUGAAGGAAUCAAGGUGAUAUUCCAGUUGGCCCUGGCCGUGCUGGAUGCAAAUGUGGACAAACUGUUGAGCUGCAAGGACGACGGGGAGGCCAUGACCGUUUUGGGAAGGUAUUUAGACAGUGUGACCAAUAAAGACAGCACUCUGCCUCCCAUCCCUCACCUCCACUCCCUGCUCAGUGAUGACGUGGAACCCUACCCUGAAGUGGACAUCUUCAGACUCAUCAGAACUUCCUAUGAGAAAUUUGGAACCAUCCGGGCAGACUUGAUUGAGCAGAUGAGAUUCAAACAGAGACUAAAGGUGAUCCAGACACUGGAGGAUACUACGAAACGGAAUGUGGUCCGAACAAUUGUGACAGAAACUUCCUUUACCAUUGAUGAGCUAGAAGAACUUUAUGCUCUUUUCAAGGCAGAGCACCUAACCAGCUGCUACUGGGGUGGGAGCAGCAAUGCUCUGGACCGGCACGACCCCAGUCUGCCUUACCUGGAACAGUAUCGCAUUGACUUUGAGCAGUUCAAGGGGAUGUUUGCUCUUCUCUUUCCCUGGGCCUGCGGAACUCACUCUGAAGUAUUGGCCUCCCGCCUCUUCCAGUUGUUGGAUGAAAAUGGAGAUUCUCUGAUUAACUUCCGAGAGUUUGUCUCCGGCCUAAGUGCUGCAUGCCAUGGGGACCUCACAGAGAAACUCAAACUCCUGUACAAAAUGCAUGUCUUGCCUGAGCCAUCCUCUGAUCAAGAUGAGCCAGAUUCUGCUUUUGAAGCAACUCAAUACUUCUUUGAAGACAUCACCCCAGAAUGCACACAUGUGGUGGGGCUGGAUAGCAGGAGGAAACACGGUGCGGAGGAUGGCUUUGUGACAGUGAGUCUGCAGCCAGACAGAGGGAAGAGGGCAAAUUCUCAAGAAAAUCGCAAUUAUCUAAGACUCUGGACUCCGGAAAAUAAAUCCAAAUCAAAGAAUGCAAAGGAUUUACCCAAAUUGAAUCAGGGGCAGUUUAUUGAGCUGUGCAAGACCAUGUAUAACAUGUUCAGCGAAGACCCCAACGAGCAGGAGCUGUACCACGCCACGGCUGCGGUGACCAGCCUCCUCCUGGAGAUCGGGGAAGUCGGCAAGCUCUUUGUCACCCAGCCUGCCAAGGAGGGCGGGAGCGGGGGCAGCGGGCCCGCCUGCAACGCGGCCAUCCCGGGUGCGCUCUUCCCCAAGAAAGGGCCCGGCCAGCCUUACAUGGUGGAGGCCGUUGAGCCCCUCCCGGCCGGCUUGGCGGUGGAAGGUGAGGAACACUCCUUGGGAGGGCAGUUGGAGGACAUCAAGCUGGAGGACUCCUCUCCCCGGGACCACGGGGCCUGCUCCUCCAUGCUGAUUUCCGAUGACGACACCAAGGACGACAGCUCCAUGUCCUCGUACUCGGUGCUGAGUGCCGGCUCCCACGAGGAGGACAAGUUGCACUGUGAGGACAUCGGGGAGGACACCGUCCUGGUGCGCAGCGGCCAGGGCACGGCGGCCCUGCCCCGGAGCACCAGCCUGGACCGGGACUGGGCCAUCACCUUCGAGCAGUUCCUGGCCUCCCUCCUGACUGAGCCGGCCCUGGUGAAGUACUUUGACAAGCCCGUGUGCAUGAUGGCCAGGAUCACCAGUGCAAAAAACAUCCGGAUGAUGGGCAAGCCCCUCACUUCGGCCAGUGACUAUGAGAUCUCCGCCAUGUCAGGCUGACCCCUGCGCCUUCUCUGGGGACCGGGAGGGGAGGGAGGGUUUUUUUUUUAAUGUUCCGUGUUGGGCUUUCUUUCUUCCUUUUAAAUUAAAUAUUUAUUAGUACCCAGCUUGAAGCCUAGUGUUUUCAUAAUAUAAUACAAUGAAAACCGUUGGAGAAAUAUUUAAACACCUCGACGUAGGUACAGUACACUGUCUUGGGGGAGGGGAUUGAACAGAAUACAGUUAAUUCAGUGAAUUCCAAAAAAGAUUAAUCUGUCCGUGAUAUGUGUGUAUUUUAACUUCUUAAUCUUGCUGUUGAGCUGUGUACACGGUUAAAAAAUAGUGCUUAACGCUAAAUAAGGCCGCAGCCUUUUGUGUCUUUGGGCUUUUUAGAUAAAACUAGAGCCGUCAGGAAAAUGAAAUGCCACAAACACAAAAAUGUUCCUAAAAGGAAAAGGCAUUGUUGGCGGGGGUAAAUCCUAUACCAUUUUAGGUGGAGGGUGCAUUAGAAAUAUUUUUUAAGAUUUGAAAUAUAUUUCAUAAAAGUCCUCUAUUCAGAAAUCAUAUUCAACUGAUGUUUCCUUUCAAGGGGAAAAUAUUUGAGGCUCUAAACAAUUAUGAAUUUUCACAUGAUGCCAGAAUAACACUUCUAGUUGAUCAAUUUGGACCAAGACUGGACCAACUUUGCAUUAAAAAAACUGUUGUGAUUAUUUAAGUCAGCGGGCCAGAAUUCAGGGAAAAUGAACAGCCUUUUGUUACAGAGAAUCUGAAAAUGACAACAAAGAUAACCGAGGGCUCAGGAUUUUUUUUUUUUUAAAGAGUAAAAGUACUGAUGCUUCUGAUACUGGAUCUUCAGCUUCUUGUUACUCAUUGCAAAUAAAGCAAAAACUAAAACCGAUAAACUUUACCAUUGCUAUACUGUGCAUAGGUUCAAGAAAUUAAACUACGUAUCUUCUAUGACCAUCUUUCCCGUUAAAUCGAUGUCAAGUAGAGAUCAUGUAAAGUAAAAAACAAAAUCUGCAAGAUAACGUACCUGAAUGUUUUAAAGCAGAACUUGUCACUUUAUUAAAAGAAUAGUAUGCUCUAUCUAUUUCCUGAAUGGAUGUGGAAAUGAAAACUAGCACACCUGCACUUUGGAUUCUUGCUUUUUUUUAUUACUCUUACAGUUUUGCCUUUUACAGAUGUUGAAGGUUUUUUCUCCUUAUUGUUGACUUCAUCAUCGCGGUCACAUUUUCUUUGCUGAUUCAGAGUGUCCCUUUCGACACAUUCCUUUAUUAUGCAUUGUGUUUUUUUUUUUUUUGAGCUGUUGCUGCUGUUUCUUAUUUUGUUUACAGAAUGAUUUUUAAACUGUCAAAUGAAGUAGUGUUAACCUCAAGUAGGACAAAUGUGAACAAAUAAAAUACAUCAGAUAUUCA